CUCCUUUUUGUGUUUUUCUGUCCUCUCUCUCUCUCUUCGUUUCAACGGGCGAGGAUUUUUCGAAGCAAAGGAAGCAACGUUGGAGUUCCUUUAAACACAGAAACGUUUUUUCUUUUGGCUAGAAACGGAUUUUUCUUGAGGGAGCUGCAGCUUGAUUCCCGCCACUGAGCCUUUUUGUUGAUUAGGAUUUUGGGGUUUUGGAGAUGAUUUAAGAGAAGAGAUGGCUGAGUUAACGAUGGAGGAACGUUGUAUUGAGAAUAAACAAUUAACCACUGCAUCAAGUUCUUCUGUGUCUGAAGGCGGUGGCGGUGUAGUUGUGAAGUCCCCAGGCAUAUCCAGUCCAGCACCAUCUUCACCAAAUCAUCGGUACUGUCAGAGGACCACUGGCCCUAUUAGGCGAGCAAAAGGUGGCUGGACGCCUGAGGAGGAUGAGACAUUAAGAAAUGCGGUUGCAGCUUUUAAGGGGAAGAGUUGGAAAAAAAUAGCUGAAUUUUUUCCUGAUAGAUCUGAAGUGCAAUGUCUACAUAGAUGGCAGAAGGUCCUAAACCCGGAUCUUGUUAAAGGACCUUGGACUCAAGAGGAGGAUGAUAAAAUUAUUGAACUUGUAUCAAGGUAUGGGCCCACAAAAUGGUCUGUUAUUGCAAAAUCCUUGCCUGGACGUAUAGGGAAACAAUGCCGUGAGAGAUGGCACAAUCAUUUGAAUCCUGAUAUAAAGAAGGAUGCUUGGAUUUUAGAGGAGGAAUUGGCCCUUAUGAAUGCACAUCGGAUAUAUGGGAACAAGUGGGCUGAAAUAGCUAAAGUUUUACCCGGAAGGACUGAUAAUGCAAUUAAGAAUCACUGGAAUAGUUCCUUGAAGAAGAAGCUAGAUUUCUAUUUGGCUACAGGAAAGCUUCCACCAGUUGGGAAGAAUGGCCUCCAAAAUGGGGCUAAGGAUAUGAAUUCACCUGCUGCAACCAAAAGUUUGCUUGUUUGUUCGAAAAAAGAAUCAGAUUCAACUGCUCAAACAUCAUCAGGAACUACUGAUAUAUGUAAGCCAGAGGAAGAUGGAAAAGAUCAGUUAGAGUCCUCUGCUCCAGUUCAAGAUAUGGCUGCUUCAUCAAGUGUUAUUCCAAAUGAGUCUGCUGAUACUGAAAGUGCAGAGGGAAAGCCCCCGUCCUUUGAUGCAAAUCCUUGCUGCUGUAACUCAGAGCCAGGGGCAAAGUUUGAGAGUCGAGGAAUCAGUUCUGCAAUUGUUGAAGACAAAGUUGUUGAGACACAAGUUUGGCGCGAUAGUCCAACUUAUGGUUCUUUAUGUUAUGAGCCACCUAGGUUACAAGGUGUUACUUCAUUAGAUUCAGAUAAUUUAAACAAGAAAGGCAUGCGGCCUGAAUGGACUUCUAGUCCUAUCACAUCACCCAUUAGUUUCUUCACUCCACCUAGUGUGAAGGGCAGUGGUUUAAGUGCACACAGUCCUGAGUAUAUCCUUAGAUUUGCUGCCAAGAGCUUCCCAAAUACACCUUCCAUAUUUCGGAAGAGAAAGACUGGAGCUCAAUCGCUUACGCUUCCCAAAAUGGGGAGAGUGAAUGAGGAAACAGUCAAGAAUAGGAUUCAAUUAUCUGGUGAACAGGAAAGAACUGAAAAUAGUCUGGAACAAGCUCCGUUACAUGAUGGGAGUUCAUGCGAGAGUCCUGCUUGUCAAGGCAAUAGCAGCGUUGGGCCUAAGUGUACUGCAUUUAAUGCAUCUCCUCCAUACCGGUUAAGAUCUAAACGAACUGCUGUUUUCAAGUCUGUGGAGAGACAACUGGAGUUCACAUUUGAUAAAGAGAGGCAUGAAGAUAAUACAAAAUCUUCGGAUCUAUCAAUGAAUGGGAGCUCUCCAAUUGAAGAUUGCUUGAAUGCCACGAAGAUGGGGGUUACAUAGGGCUUAAACUGAUGAGGCGAAUAUUCUCUCGAAGUCGGCUCUCUGUUUCCUCAGCAAUGGCAUCCGAAUUACCAAUCCUAGCAGACUUAGAAAUCGACAAAGUCGUAAUAUUCUUGUCAGGGACACCUUCAUUGCCAUUGCUCAAUCAUCUUGCAGAUAACACCAAUCAAAUACAGCAAGACCUACAUCAAGCCAUCAUGGACAAAGAUUCUUUGGCAGCAGUUUUCCAGCCUGUGUCAAAAUAAAAGAGAGAGAGAGAUACACCCAAAUUCAUUUUGAAGAAUACUGACUGACCAUUUUGUACAGUGCCCCAUUGAAAGGAAAAGAAGUGAUGCGUGAAAAAUCUCCACAGCAAAGGUGUAUGGAGUGGUUUACGUUUACAGGAAGACUUUGUUAACCAUUACUAACCAAAACAAUCUGUAUUUAAAGGUGGUGGUCUUUUGGUUUAACUUUGUCAUCCUUUUCCACAUUUCAAUAGAAAAUUAACAAAUACAUUUCUUCCA